AGCAGCUCAAGGCCACGGACCUCGGACACAGCGCGCUGCAAAUGCAGAGUGCGCAUCACGGAUCGACUGGACAAGUUCUUCAUGGGCCGCAUCGGCAUUCGGAUGCUUGUCCGACACUACGUCGAGUCCCUGGAGCAGGCUGGCGGCCGCGUCCACCGUGUCAAUGUCGAGCAGAUCGUCCGCGAGGCCUGCGACCGUGCGCAGAGGCUGUGUGUUGAGUACUGCGGCGAGGCCCCGCGCGUUGAGAUCCACGUGACGCCCAGAGCCGACAUGCCCUUCAUGUACACCUGCACCACAUGGUGUUCGAGCUCGUCAAGAACUCGAUGCGCGCGACCGUGGAGCACCACCGCUCUCGAGCGAAGCCAAGCCGCAAACAGGUGAAGGGUGUUGUCGAGCGCGUGAUGAACCCCAAGAGUCAGCCGUGCAAGACGUUGCCGGGGUCAAGAUCUUCAGAGACGCCUGCGAACUGCCCGCCGACGGGGAAUUGCCACCAGUGAAUGUUGUCAUCUGCCAGGGCAAGGAGGAGGGUGACCGACCAGGGCGGAGGCAUCCCGCGCAGCCGCUGGAACAAGCUCUGGCACUACGACUACACCACGAGCGCGCUGUAUCCGCCGGUCGACCCGGAGAAGUACCCGACGUAUC